GCGUCUCUUUUAUACAGCUUUGAGCGUGCGCAGUUUCCGGCUGUGAGAAGUGUCAGGUGAAGCGGAAGUGAAGACAGGAGAGACGCGGGCAGCUUACCUGUCGUCAGUUAAACUAACAGAGACGAAAGAAGAAAAAACAAGAAAAAAUGAGUAACCCCAUCCCAUCCAACCUGAAGUCCGAGGCCAAGAAAGCCGCCAAGAUCCUGAGGGACUUCACUGAGAUCUCCAGCAGGAAUUCUUUGGACAAACUUAUUCCCGCUCAUGUGAUAGCGAAGGCUGAGGGUCUGGCCAUCAUCUCCGUCGUCAAGGCGGGCUUCAUGAUCACGGCCAGAGGAGGCAGCGGCAUCGUUAUCUCCAGGCUUCCCGACAGACGCUGGUCGGCACCUUCAGCCAUCGGCAUCGCUGGUCUGGGUGGAGGCUUUGAGAUCGGGGUUGAGGUGUCAGACUUGGUGAUCAUCCUGAAUUACCGGAGGGCCGUCGAAGCCUUUGCAAAGGGUGGGAACUUGACGCUUGGUGGGAACAUGACUGUCGCUGUGGGACCUGUUGGAAGGAAUGUCGAGGCGGAUGUGGCUCUGCGGAGCACUGCGGCUGUCUUCACCUACUGCAGGUCCAGAGGUCUGUUUGCUGGCAUCUCACUGGAGGGAUCCUACCUCAUGGAACGCAAAGAGACCAACCGCAAAUUCUACUCCCGAGACAUCCGUGCAUCAGCCAUUUUGAAUGGUGAUGUGGAGCCGCCGUCAGAAUGCUAUGACCUCUACCACAUCCUGGAAGAAUACACUGAGGCCUACACCAGUGACUGGACUGCCAAGAACAUGCAAACUAAGUCCAUUCGUCCAGCCAGACCACCAGCUCCAAACCAGCUGAAACCACCGAGCUACUCUGAGGUGUCUACACCCAGUGCCGGAGCUGGAGUGAGGAAUAGAAACGCUCUCUACCCGAGCAUCUCCGUCUAUAAAUCUGAAACAUCAAGUCAGUCUGCCUCCAGAAACUCUCAGAACAACGAGGGUGGAGCCAGUGGGCAGAUGGUUGUCACAGCGACUCACCCGUUUGCAGGGGAGCAGCCAGGUGACCUCAGCUUUGCUCCAGGUGACCGUAUCACUGUGAUCACUAAGACUGACUCCCAGUUUGAUUGGUGGGAGGGGCAACUGGAAGACGGGCGGGUUGGGAUCUUUCCCGCCAACUUUGUCACAUACUGAAUGUGACCCUUGGGAAAAAUGAGUUUAGGAUAUCACUGUUUUAUUAUGCAACAACACCCCAAAAGUACCAAUAAAAUUUUCACUGUUUUCCAAAGCUUUACAGACUAAACUUUAAAUUAGGUAUGAAACAAUAAUGUUCAUGUUAAACUGUUAUUUAUUUCCAGGAACAAACUGUAAUAUAGUGUACAUUUGAAUAAAAAAAAGGCAUUACCUUUAAAGAACUGCUUGGUUUAAGUGAAAACAACUAUUCCCUUUAUUAUAAUAAUAAUUAUAGUAAUAAUUUUUAAUUACAAAGGAUUUACUGAAUGGCACUUUUAGGCUUCCGUAGAUGUGAGGGGACGUUCUCUCUUUUUGGUGUUCUGGAUUUACAUUUUCUUUUUAAAAUAUUGAUAGUUUAAAGUCCUGAGAUCAGUGCUGGAAAGCUGAAAUUUGAAUGUCAUGUGCUGUGUUCAGGGACCUUUGAAAGGCUGUAAAUUUGAGCGCCUGCUACUACGCACUUUCUUCAACUGUUUAAGUCCACUUGUUACAAGGUUACUGUGGAGGUCGUUAUGAUGAUGAUGUUGAUGCUGGGCAGCCUUUUGUUUGUUUUCCUUUUUUUUUUUUUCUGCGAUUAAGUGAAACGGAGCAGGUUACACACUGGGUGAAAGUGGGUUUAUGGAGGUGAAUGUGCAAAUCAGUUUAAAUAUUUUGUUUUUCUUUACUGUGCACUUUUUAAUGAAAUGAUAUUUAAAGCUUGAGUUUUGUUACUGAUCACUUUUAAAGUGUCUCCAGGGGAAUAAAUGGGCUCUGACUGGUGUAAAAUAUUUUUAUUACAACUUUUUUUUUUUUUCCUAUUCAUAUUUUAUAUGUAAUUAUAUAUAUAUAUAUAUAU